UAGGUUUCUGAAGGACGAGAAGGACGUGCACACGAUGGCACUAAACUACCUGAAAUUGUGUUGUCGACAUCAACACACGGGACAUUUAAAGAAAAUGAGAUACUUUCCAUUGACUUUGCUACAUCAUAAUGACAUGUUAUGCAGAACUGAUAUGUCACCUCAGGAAGCCAUCAUUAUGGAAAAUCGGGACACAGUUGUUCUUCAGCAGAGAAGAAACCUUCAGAAACCAUUUCAAGCCAAAGGAUUCCAGGAUUUUGGAAAGGACACAUUACUUUUGUUACCAGAAACAACAGAAGACAAACUUAAAUUGCAUUUCAAGAAUGACACUAUUAAUGAUAUUUGGUAUAGUACUGUGGCUAAAAAGAAAAAUCAUGGACGUAAAAUGACAAAAAAUAAGGUCAGGUGUGUAUCUGAACCUCAUAUGGCGCUGCCUUUAACACAUUCAUCUACGUCUCAAUUCUUCACGUCCGCUCAAAGAUUUAAAGACUUAUCCAUGCCAGCUCCAUUUCAUGAGCCCAUGACCUCUUUUAACGGUUAUAUGGCAACAGAACCAGUGAAAGCUGAUCAGUGUAUCAAACAAGGAGGAGAAAACAGAAGUUUGAAAAAAUGUAAGCAAGAUUCGGAAAUGGAUAUACUGUGUUGUUCUUCAAAAACUGGUGAAGAUAAGAGUGGAACCUCUAUGGACCUCCCAACUGCACAUCAACUUGGCAUUAUCCAGGAAAAUAUAGUAGAACAGGUCCCAGUAUUCUUUAAAGAAAAAUACAGAAUGGAAGAUUAUGAUAUUCAGAACAUGGUCUUCAUUAACAACUUUUUUGGAAAAGAAAAAGUUUAUCGUGGAGCACACUAUCCUGUAUUUCUAGCUGGCCUCAGGAUACGGUGUCAUAUGAGGUUUGUAUAUAUUAAAAUGUCUGUGACAAGUGCAUCAUACAACGUAGAAGAAGGAACAGUGAAAGUGUAUUGGCAGUUAAUUGGUUUGAACCAAUUCACCUUCCUAAGGAAGUUGUUUUCUAUCGUACGGAAUUACCAGGCUGCAAUAGAUAACGCAGAGUAUUAUUGUGGUGUGUCAGUGUUCCAUGUAAACAAAGAGGGAAAAAUUUACAAACAUCGAGUAGACCGGAUGGACCAGAUCAAGGAAGGCAAGGCAGUGAGACAACCAGAAAUGGCAAUGGCUUAACAGUGUUUUAGGGAGCUGCUACCUCUACAUAUAUACAAUAUAUGUAAAUAACUGGGAUAUUUUUGCUCAUCACUUUUAGAUGAUGGGCUGUUUAAAUUACCUUUCAUCCGUAGUCUGUGAUCUGGCUGUCCUUAAACAAUCCCUAUUCAUUGUAUUUCUCUGAAAGUGUUGAAUUGAUCUUUGUAAAAUUUGUGUAAUAUCAGUUAUGAAACUAUCAGAGAACAGAGGGGGAUGGAUCUGUCUUUAAUAUAUGUAAAAUGAAGAACUUUUCUAAGGAUGCGCUGGAAGACUGUUUCAAAGGUGAAAGUUUUGGGUUUUUUUUCAUGCUCAUUCUGACAGGACAAGUGGCUAUCCAAGAUCCCAAUCAUUAUUGCUACUUGUCAGAAAGUGCUGGAGAUGUCUUUCGCAAAAUGAAUGUUUGUUUAAAGGGGUAACCAUACCCUAUGAUAAAUAUAAUCAGAACAUUAAUUGAUAUUGGUGUCAAUACCUCGAAAGUUGAAAAUAGAUCAGAAGUAAGAGAAAUGGUAGACUCCAAGAUCCCUCUGGGAUCUCUUGUUAGAACCUUAGUGGUGUGAAGGUUGUACUCAUGUUUGUCAUUGUGUCCUCGUCAUUGAGUUCACACCAAGAUUAAGAAAUCUGGAACUGAAAAAGUGUGCCUCUCUUGAAGUGCUACACCUAAUCAUUUUCUAAAUCCAUAUGUCAAUGCCAAAUACCAAAUUGCACAGAAUUUUCAUGACAACAAUAUUACCUUACAAAAUAAGUUAUCUUUCUGUCUAUAUACCUUUCUUUAUAUACUUUUUUGGAUAACAUCUUUCAUGGCUAAGUUAAUUAUUGGCCUUUUUCCUGCUCCUUCCAAGAAAAGGUUGGAUGAUUUUACCAAGAAAAGGUAUCUAUCAGAUAAGUCAGGUUCAGAUCUCUGUUAGGUAUAAAUAUCUGUUUCAUUAAACUUUAUACCAUAUUUAUCCUACAAUAAGCCCAGUGGCAAAGACAUAACAUCUAAAUCAAAUAAGGGAGAUGGCUUAUUUAUAGCCAUAUGGUUGGAUUUAUUUCAAGACAUUGAACUGAUAUUUCUACUUACAGCAAUACUAGGAAUAGAUUUAUUUUCAAUGGUAAAGAAACUUUAUGAGUUCUUCUUCCAAGCUAUAAGACAAGUACAAGGUCAGAUAUAUAGGAACUACUCUCGACCAAUGCCAACAUCUUAUAAGGGAAUGUAGGUUAUAGCUUUAUUCAGAAUCUUGAGAGAAACUCAUUGAAUCCUGACUUAAUUAACAUCUGAUUUUAAACAUUAGUCAUUACAAUUUGGCCACCAGUAACCUUGACAAUAAGUAUUUAUUUCAUCAUACUGUGAAGAUUUUGUCUAAACUAAAAGAAGCAGAUCUGUGAUAUUUUCAGUUUAACAUAUUCAUAGAUAUUUUUUAAUGAGACUGUAUAGAAAAGAAAUUUGGCUGUGGCAAAAAUCUGUAAAAUAGGAAAUAGUGAUAAAGCUGAACAGCUGUAAAAUCUGCUAAAAAAAUCUGUCAGUAACAAAAACUUGUCUAGAAUCCACUGUACAAUACGUAAAAUAACUGCUACAUAAAGGACAUUUUUAUUGCUACCUUUAGUGACCUUUAUUGACAAGUUUGUUUGCAUUCUGUUUUAAAAAUCAAAAACCAUGAAAAUUCCUUGAUGUUGAAAAAAGGCAAAAAUAAAAUACCUUUUGUCAAAUUCACAAUAAUUUCCUUCUAAAUGAUUUUAGUAAAAAUGUGCAAAAAGAAAGUCAAAAAUUAUGUCAAAGGAUGUGGGCUGUUUUACUUUACAUUUGCCAGAACAGGUACUUGUGUUAUAUAGGACCUAUUUUCAGUUUCCGGUAUUAAUGGAGAUAAAUUAAGCUCUGAUUACACGAUAUAUUGACAGGAGCUUUUAUUAGGUAUUUGAGAUGGUUCACAUCAAUGAAAUAUGGUUCACAGUAAUGUAACAUGCUCACAUUAAUUUGACAUGCUACACUUUGAAGCUUGUUAAAAGUUGGAUUUCGAGGCAUUAUGCCCAAGGUCAAGCACAUGUACAAUUUGUAUUCACAUUGUCGUUAUAAGUAUUCAAUAUUUCUAUCAGAAAAAAAAUCAUCUUUACCUCUUUAAAGUCUUUCUUUCUUGCUUCAUUAGUUUACAAAGUCUGCUCACUGCUAAUAUCUGUUCCUCAGUACUUAACUAUUAUAUGCAGAAUUAUCCAAAUUUGAUAGUUGUAUACAUGUAGAGACAGUGUCUCUCUUUCCAAAACUUGUUUAACAGCAAUCUUCCUUAUAACAUCUGACCUUAGUCAAGGUCUGUAUGAUAUGGAACAUUUCCCUUCACUAUAUCGGUGCAUUAUUGUCUCUCUAAAUACAACUUAAACCUGUAGAGGUUUUCGUGAUAUGCUAUUGAGAUGUGGUCUGUGAAAUCUAGGGGAGAUAAUCCAGACUAAAGUUACCCUACAAGCUUGUGAACAAUCAACACUACUUCCAUCUGGUUUGAAAUAUUGUGUAAUAAGUACAUUUCAGGUCAACACAGUCACUGUUUUUCUUUGUGUAAGAAAUUUUCAGCAUAGAGCAAGAAAACCUAUCUGGAAUUGAGAGAAAAUUAAUAAUGCAGCUUGAAUAUACCUAAGGCUUUGAAAUGGUGGACUUUUCUCCUAUCACAUGGUUAUCAUGUGAUGUGCUGCUGGUAAUAUAUACAUAGACACCUUGAAGAGAACAUGAUGCAGAGUAGUUAACAUGUGAUGGUUUGCCACUUACAAAUGCUUUGAUUGAAAUUGGGAAUGCCAUUCCUCUACGAAAACAAAAUACAAGACAUACAAUAUCAAGAUUGAUAUAUUUUUGAAUCAGACAUAUUUUUGAGAUUAUCGUAUCUUUCCUGCAGUAAGCCACAGAAGCUAAAUCAAUGUCUUUGACUCAAAGUAAAGAGAUGGGAUUAUUAAUUGGUAGUGAUGUAGCAUUUGUUUUCAUUUACAAUGUAUUCGGAAAUUCAAAUAGAUGUGGAUAUGCUUAGAAUCAGGCAUGGACAUAUUGCUGGAUGAAUGUAAGAUGAGAGAUGUAGUUGUAAAUCCACAAAUGAUUUUGUUUGCAUGAGAAAUCCUAAAACGUAAAGACUAAUAUAAUACAGGGGAUUUUUAAGUUUGUAAAGAUGAAGCUUGGUGAGUGUUUGGCAAUUUGAUAAUCUUUCCUUGAGAAUUCAUUUGAGAACCCGUUGUCUUACCUACAAAGGAGUGAAUACUAAUUUUAUUUUACCUUUUUUCUGAUCUUCUUUUGUAUGUUAUUUUGUUCUCAUUACUUAAGUGACGUCAUUGUAUUGUUAAUACUGAGAAUACCCCCUCUCAACCCUGUAAUAAGACAAGGAAAUGAAGAAAAGACAGUUAUGGACAGGAUAAAAGCCUGGAGAUUGAUAAACAAUAUAGUAGAAAUUACAGUAUUGACUCACCAAGUCUGUACAAGUGAUUGAUAAGUAAUAAAUGCUAAGAUGAUUGCACAUCUGAUUAUAGAAUAGUUAUGUAAUAAACAGUACCAUCAGUAGGUAUUGUCCUACUGUAGUUAUUAUUGUCGGUCAGCAUAAUAAGGUAAUUAUCCUUUAUGACAAAGCUAUAUGUUUAUGUUGUAACAUAUGUUACACUCUCUGAGUGUAUAAAUAUUGUGACGUAGGUACAUGUACUAAGGUGUGAUCAAUUACCUGUUGUACUCCUAAUACCACCAAUUUUUGAUUUAGCCAAACCUAAUGAUAAUACUACCUUAUGGCACAGAUUAAACCUGGUAGACAUAUUUAAGUCAUUGCUUAUAGAUGUGACAGAUACUUGUUUCUGCCUGUUUUAUGCUGAAUAGAUUUUUAGUGUAUUGAACUGAUUUGUCUAUUAAAAUAUUUAUAAUUAU